GCAGUGCCCCGCGAAGCAGAGCGGGCUUGUAGAGUCUUGCGCGCGCUGCUGGGAUGGAACGUUGCUAGACUUAGCGGGUCUAGCUGCUGGGGGCCCGAGCAGCAAGCUCGGAGCCGCCGCGCGCCAAAGCGGGAAUCCGGGAGGCCGGCAGCUCUGCAAUUAAUGCACAUAUUUUAAACUCCUGAACCUGAGGACGCUAUGCACAGGUAAACAGAUUGCAAAAAGUGGAAGAGCAUGAAUGGACCCUCUUAAUAAUUCUUUUAGGCCCCGAAUAUCGCUACUGGCUAAUAUUGUUGUAAGGCUGUUAAGUGAAUGGUUGCUUAGCCCCUUCUUGUGGAAAGAGUGAAUGGCUGGAUGCUUUAGUGCGGGGAUCAGCGUGCGGUUUUAUUUGGCUUCCCUAAUUGAGCUUUUCUGCCACCGUUUUCAAUCAGUGUAUGAUUGCCCUCUCUCUCUCUCUCCUUGUCUGUUCCCUCCACUGGGAGAAAUUCUUGAGGCCUUCUGCAGUAUCGAAGCACCUCCAGGAGAUUCCAGACCUGAGUAGCAACGUUGCCACUAGCUUCACGUGGGGAUGGGAUUCCAGCAAGACUUCUGAACUGCUCUCAGGCAUGGGGGUCUCCGCCCUGGAGAAAGAGGAGCCCGACAGUGAGAACAUCCCCCAGGAACUGCUCUCAAACCUGGGCCUCCCGCAGAGCCCCCCAAGGAAACGGCUGAAGAGUAAAGGGAGUGACAAAGACUUUGUGAUUAUCCGCAGGCCUAAGCUAAAUCGAGAGAACUUUCCAGGUGUUUCAUGGGAUUCCCUUCCGGAUGAGCUGCUUUUGGGGAUCUUUUCCUGUCUGUGCCUCCCUGAGCUGCUAAAGGUCUCUGGUGUUUGUAAGAGGUGGUAUCGCCUAGCGUUUGACGAGUCUCUAUGGCAAACCUUAGACCUCACAGGUAAAAAUCUGCACCCGGAUGUUACUGGUCGGUUGCUGUCUCAAGGGGUGAUUGCCUUCCGCUGCCCACGAUCGUUUAUGGACCAACCAUUAGCUGAACAUUUCAGCCCUUUUCGUGUGCAGCACAUGGACCUGUCGAACUCCGUUAUUGAAGUGUCCACCCUCCAGGGCAUUCUGUCUCAGUGUUCCAAGUUGCAGAAUCUAAGCCUGGAAGGCCUGCGGCUGUCAGAUCCCAUUGUCAAUAAUCUCGCGCAAAACUCAAAUUUAGUUCGACUUAACCUUUGUGGGUGUUCUGGAUUCUCUGAAUUUGCCCUGCAGACUUUGCUAAGUGGCUGUUCCAGACUGGAUGAGCUGAACCUCUCCUGGUGCUUUGAUUUCACUGAGAAGCAUGUGCAGGUGGCUGUUGCGCAUGUGUCAGAGACCAUCACCCAGCUGAAUCUUAGUGGCUACCGAAAGAAUCUCCAGAAAUCAGAUCUCUCUACUUUAGUUAGAAGAUGCCCCAAUCUUGUCCACCUAGACUUAAGUGAUAGUAUCAUGCUAAAGAAUGACUGUUUCCCGGAAUUUUUCCAGCUCAGCUACCUCCAACACCUGUCUCUCAGUCGGUGCUAUGAUAUAAUACCUGAAACUUUACUUGAACUUGGAGAAAUUCCCACACUAAAAACACUACAAGUUUUUGGAAUUGUGCCAGAUGGUACCCUUCAACUGUUAAAGGAAGCCCUUCCUCAUCUACAGAUUAAUUGCUCCCAUUUCACCACCAUUGCCAGGCCAACUAUUGACAACCAAAAGAACCAGGAGAUAUGGGGCAUCAAAUGCCGACUGACCCUGCAAAAGCCCAGUUGUCUGUGAAACAUUUAUUACAGGAUGGUGUCUCUUCUUUAGAACAGGGAAAGUAGGCAGGAAGCCCAAUUGAUGGAGUACUUAGCUAGUUUUAUUCUUGGUUUUCCCUUUGCCCUUUGCCUUCAUUCUGCAAGUAUAUUAGGGAACCAUUUGAGAGGGAAAACUAUGAAAUCUUGCUUUUUGAAAUGAUUCUAAAAGCUUCUAUCACUGCUUUGCUCUUAAGAGCCAAAGUUGUAGGCCUUUUAAAAUUUUGGGAGAGUGAGCCUAUAAUUUCAAGGUACCUUAAAGAGCAAAAUUUGAGCCACCUUUUUUCAAGUGCCCUUCUUAUUAAGUCUAUUCAGAAUCAAGCUUAAAAAUUACCACCAGCAAACAAUCUUCAUAGCUUAUAUAACUUUUAUCUAUUUAAUUUUAUAGUACUGCUUUAUAAGACAGCUUAGAAGAAUAAUAAGCUAUUUGUAUUAUGAGCUGAACAAAAAGAGAAUCAUAGGAUAGUAGCAUAUGAGGCCAUUGAGGAAGAGAAAAAUGCAUUUUAAUUUUGCCUUUAGAUUUGAAAUUAUGUUAAUAGAAAUUAGUAGCCACUUAAUUCACCUUAAAACUUACAAAAGACCAAACAUUACAAAAACCAGAAGUAUAAUGAAGGCCCAGGAGACAGCUUUCUACGACAGGUUAAUUUGAAGUAUCUCAUAAUGUUCAUUAAGUGACUGUGUUUCUAGAAUUCUAAAUUAGAUGAGAAAUAUAAUUGUUUUCUAACUUGAUAAUCAAAUUAUGUGAACAUGGGUCCUUAAGAUUUUAAAAUGACUUGCUUUGUUUUAGAAAGGUGCUAUUAAUCUAGUCUUUAUUCUUGAACAUUUGGAUGGAAGAAUUCUGAAGUUGCCUGCUGUUUCCCUUUAGCGCUGAGGUUCUUAAGGUUACUUUUAUAUUCUAAAAUCAAGUAUUUUAAAUUGUCUUUUUUUUUUAAAUGAUCUCUCACCAAUAAUUGUUUGAAAGUAUUUAUAAGGGUAUCAGACCUAAAGUCCAAGGAACUGCACUCCCUUCAAUCAGAAAUAUACAAUAGAAGCAGGUAUAUGUUUCAUGCAGUUUCAGUAGUAUGCACUACUUAUACCUACAUAAGAGUUACAAUUCAGAUGUGGGACCUUUUGAUACCAUCAGUGAUAUUUUUUUAAAACUGAUAUACUUAGAAGUGAAAAGAUUAAAUUCUAUUUCUUAAAAAUCACAAAAAACUAGUUUAAAUGGACUUCUUCGUAUGUUCAAAUUGUAACACCAAGAAAAGCCAAAACCUGUCAUUUGUAUUAACUUUUUUUUAAUCAAAAAUUGUUAACGUUAGAAACAUAGUAUGAAGUGCCUUUAUCUGCUUAGACCUAAGGAAGAUUUUAAAGUUGGGUUACACAGGAAAUGAUUAUGUUUAAAUUUCUUAGUAAACAGUGCUAAAUACUACUUGAAAUUAUUGUUUACAGAUUAGUGACAAGAGCUGGGGUUAGGAUUCAGUUGGACUCUGACAUCCAGAUACCCUCAAACAUACAGAACUUCCAAACUCAAGUCCAGCCAUAAGCUAUUUUGCCAACAUGUCAGAGUAAUCUGUAUUUUUGUAUGUGAUUUCUACUUUUAUAGACUUGUUUUAAAAUAAAAUACAUUUUUAUAAAAAUGA